AUGGCGUCCUCUUCGUGCCUGCUGUGGUGCGCCUCAUUUGCGCUCCUGCUCGCCGUCGGCUUCAGUGCUCCGGCCCCGCCGGAACAGAUCCGCCUCGCUGUCACCGGCACCAAGGGUGAGAUGGUGGUCGGUUGGGCGACGUUGAGCAAGUCUGGGACGAAGGUGCAGUACACGUGCUCCGGCUGCGGUCAGUAUGUCGUGGAGGGCAAGGCCAGCUACUACUACAUGCCCUGGCUGCCCAUCUACGUUUCUCCCCAGAUUCACUUCGCCACUCUGCGCCACUUGAACGCCUCGACUGUCUACUCGUACCGCGUGGGUGACGAGUCGGGCGGCUGGAGCGACUUCUACCAGUUCACCACUGAGCCCGAAGUGGCUCCCACUCCCGACAGGCCCAUUCGCAUCUUGUCGAUUGGUGACGAGGGCGCCACUGCCGAUUCCAAGGAGGUGCUGGCCGCCAUGAUGACCACCGACCAGCAGCUUCACUUUGAUCUGCUUGUCCACGCCGGUGACAUCAGCUAUGCCAACGGCGUGCAAGAGAUCUGGGACGUGUGGGGCAGGCUCACGCAGCCGCUGGCCAGCCACCUGCCCUGGAUGGUGGCCGUGGGCAACCACGAGCUCAUCGACCUUCUCCUGCCGUACCUCAACCGCUUCUCCAUGCCCGCCCAGCAGAGCGGUGGUACCUGGGGCAACCUGUACUACAGCUGGGACUACGGCAACAUCCACUUCAUCGCCCUGGACUCGGAGUCGUUCGAGUACUUCGAGAUGUCGCCGCAGCACGUGUGGCUCAAGCAGGACCUGCACAACGUCAACCGGACCAAGACCCCCUGGGUGGUGGCUUUCUGGCACACGCCUUGGUAUUGCUCCAACACUGGGGCCGGCUGGCUGAUGAAGGGUAGCUUCGAGGACCUGUUCUACAAGUACAAGGUCGACCUCGUCCUUCAGGGACACGUUCACGCCUACGAGAGGACGCACCCGGUCUACAAGGGUAACGUGACCGCCGACGCGCCCGUCUACAUUACCAACGGUGUCGGCGGCAACGGCGAGGGCCUCUACAAGCACUGGGAGCAGCCCCCGCCCGCCUGGGCCGCCAAGUCGGUGUCGGAGUAUGGCUUCGGCUACUUCGAGGUCUACAACGCGACCCACCUCCACUGGACCAUGAAGAGAUCCAGCGACAGCACCGUCAUCGACGAGGCCUGGCUCGUGCGCCCCGCCAUUCGUCGUUGA